AUGUCGGGCGCCUCCCCACUCAGCGCUCAGGGGCAAUCGCCAGAUGCGAUCCAGGAUCGAUAUGCUCCCGAUCCUUACCUGUCAGCCGCAUCCGAUCCGGAGGAAAUCUACUUUCGAGCCAGUGCCAUUCGACUAACGCCAUCGGGGAGUCCUGGGCACAGUACGGGACCUGGCUCGUCCCCCCACGAGGACGCUCGGAUCGACUCCACAAUUCAGGGCCACUUGGGCCCGAGAGCAAAUGAUUAUACGGACCUAAGCACAUGUACCUCACCUAUUUCUGAUACAAGUGUCUUUGUGGAACCAAAAGAUAUCGAACUGGGUAGUGGUUCGACCUGGCAGGAUGAAGACCUGCGAUCGUACCAGAUUGGGGGGCCCAAUGUGCCCAUCAACCCGGCAUGGGGUUCGUCCAUGGCACCGAAUGUCUUUCGGUGGACGAGCUCGGACCACAAUCCAGAUUCGAAUCCAUCAUCCAUGCUGACAGGUCUAGAACCUCAUGGCAAUUCUAGCAUACAGCAAUCGAUCCCCACAUCAUACCAGUCUGGCCUCGGUGUCCUUAACGCAGGCACCGAGCCAGCUAGGCUCGACGUUUUGCCUAACGAAGAGUUGAGCACUGAGCUGGCGUCAGGCGCAACUAGGGGAAGAAGCCCCGUCUUCAAGAUUACAACCUUCUCUCGAGGCGAUUCGCCCAAGGAACGCAGCAUGUCACCACAAAGGCAUCUAGGCUCCUUUGUACACCUAUCUGCUAAUCAAAGCGAGCUGGAAGACGAAGACGAUGAUUGUCACUCGGUCUCGUCUGCUCCCGUGAAGCGAUCCGAGGACGGUGGAUGGAUUCCAAACUCAUCGACUCACCUAGCUGGCAUUGACCCAAGGUCCCGGGGGGAUGAACUCGUGCCAAGUCCUAAUGACGUCUAUGUUCAGCGAGAAAGGAACGAGAGAAAUGAGGACAUCUCCCACUGGUCUGUCUCUGUGAGCGCAGCCAACAGCGACGCCGGGGACUUGCCUAGUCCACCGCGUCCACGCCCACGCCAUGUUUCCAGGAGACUUCGAGCGAGGAGUACCGGGGAUCACCCUUUGAAACAAGAAGACUAUUUCAAUCUAAAAUCUCGCACCGGAGACGGAUCAUUCCCUGGUCCCGGGGUAUUAGUUCAUGAAAGCAGCGAAGACCUCAGCGAAGAUGAAGCAAGCACUGGCACUUACUCCGACGAGCCCUCAGCCAAUGUAGAUGAGCCUAGCAGAUAUGAUCGCAGCACUCCCGAGGUCUAUUCAUCACUCUCGCCGACCAACGCAGAGGAAAGUAUCUGUCUUUACCCCUGGCAUGACCCCCCUCGCGAUGCGACACCCAGAUCACAAGCGAUGCAGCCGGACAGCUCUACCGACGCUAUGAUAGCUUUUAACAGACGUGCACGGGAUCUCGAAACGGCAUCGCUCGCGGCAACAAUUGAUAAUAAUAGCAUUAUCAACGUUGCCACAUCCCUCGAGAAUUUUUCCUUUACCGAACAACCCAAGAAACGCACCAGUCUAUUUAAGCGUCCAUUUUGGCAGGCAUCUUCAAUUCUGAAGCGCCAAGCAUCUGAUCUUUCCAUCGGUCAAUCUAAUAGCUACCCCGGGCUUCCACAGCGUGAUACAGAGGACUCACCGGCAAAACCCAGUAACUCACAACUAAAUUUCUUGCACCGUCGUCAUUCGCGGUCGCCAAGCUUGAGCAACGCACUUCUGUCAGUGACCAGCCAAAUCGUCGCUGUCGGGGGUAGCCAGCCUGUCCGAGCAGUGUCGCCUGCACCCUCGCCAAAUCAAGAGAGGAGUUCCUUGAACAUUCAAUUCAAUGGCCGAGCUCGAAGCAGAAGCGAGAUCCCCCGACCAAGUAGCCCCGGGCUAAUAAAUCUGAUGACCGCUCAUGGUGGUCCGCCGGUUCCAAACAUCACAUCGCCUCGAAUUAGUUCGGACGCCGACCAAACACCCAGAAGUACCACUGUGGGCCCUGAAACCGGAAGUGCCGACGAUGAGAACGAUGUUGACACCGGUAAUAACAAAGGCGUGAUCAUGGAGUUCCCUGCUAUUCAGAGUCUGCCAGUGCCAACAACCGAAGGGUUCAGAUCGCAGAUCAUGCAAUUGAAUCCAAGGCUUGAGCCAGCUUUGAUUCACCGCCUGGCACAUGAGCAAAACCGUCGAUACAAGCUCUUGGUUGGUUUGCAGCAGAAGCAUUCUAUUGCAACUGCCAACCACACUUGUAAAUCUGCCAACUAUUGUACUGUUCAGGGUGGGCAGCCCACUCUGUUGCAAGACCAUAGGGGCUCCAACGAUCCUGAGGCAGGACAGAUCCAGUUCCAAGUGACAAAUUUCAGUUACGGACACGAGCAACAGUAUGCUCCAGGCGACGGUACGACGCCCGCGGCACAGUUCCCUCCUGGUGUGCCGCCUCCGCCAGUCAGUCGCCUUCCCGCCCGGUUUGAGUGCCCAAUUUGCUUCGAAGUCAAAACCUUCCAAAAACCUUCCGACUGGUCCAAACACGUUCAGGAAGAUGUGCAGCCGUUUACUUGCACCUUCCCUCACUGCACCGAGCCCAAGUCAUUCAAACGUAAAGCAGACUGGGUUCGCCACGAGAACGAGAAGCACCGACACCUGGAGUGGUGGACCUGCACAUUCCCCGAGUGCAACCACAAAUGCUACCGGAAGGACAAUUUCGUUCAGCAUUUGGUUCGGGAACACAAAAUGCCAGAGCCCAAGAUCAAAAAAGCGGGCAAAGCCUCUAGCACUGUGGAGGCUGAGACUAUGCCGAAUAGCCGAAGGGAGCAGGAGCUUGAACGAUUAUGGCAAAUGGUCGAGAAUUGUCGGCAUGACACCGCCCAAGCGCCCCAGGAGGAGCCAUGCCGCUUCUGCGGGAAUGUCUGUAACGAGUGGAGAAAGUUGUCAGUCCACCUUGGCAAACACCUGGAGCAAUUAGCCCUGCCCGUUUUACGAUUAGCGAAGCCGAGCAGCGCAACCCAUGUCGCCAACACCAGCCUAGUGGAGCCGACUCGCGGAUCAUCGGCAACUUAUCCCCCUGUCGCGCCAUAUCACCAUGGACGCGAAGUACUCGAAACGGCCUCCACUCAUCUGCAGCCGCAAUAUGCGAUCCGAAACACUAGCACGCCCGCCAACCCUGCGUUCUCAAUCAACAAUGUUCCGCUGACAAACUACUCUACCAUCUCCGGCGGCGAACUUUCACAGGAGCCCGAAUCCAUCACGGACUCUCUUACCCCUGAUCAGUUCCCGGCGUACACGCACUCGACAGGCCAAUUUGGCCAAACGACACUCCACUCAGCUCAGGCCCAGGCCUAUCCCCUGCAUCAGAACUCGGUGACGUACCCACCGCCUUAUAAUGCCGUUCCGAGAUCGAGAUCCCCCGAGGGAGAUCCCAUGCAGAACUCGUAUCCUCUCGCUCAGUUUCUCCCUCCCUCUCUGUAUCCUGUAGACGGGAGUUACCCGGCUUACCAACCCAUGGAGUCCAACAUCCCCUACACUUCUGCGACCUACACUUCUGAAUAUCCCUCCCAAAUGUGA